AUGUGUACGCCUUCAAACCCCAGAAAAUUUCUAUUCUUCACGAACAGCGAAUACGGGCAAGUCAACAUCAUUCUCUCCGUCGCACACGAGCUCUGUCUUCGCCCAAAUGUCGAGGUACACAUCGCGUCUUUUCCCGGUAACUUGGUUUCGUUCGUUCGAUAUUAUCGCUCCCUGAUGUUAAUUUUGGAAGUGCUUUCACCCCGUAUCAAGGAGCUUCAGGAUCGUAUUCGGAUGACAGGCAGCUCGGCGCGAAUCUACUUCCAUCCUCUCAGGGGGAUAUCCCUAAAAGAGGCUCGAAUACGCAGAAUCGGAACUAACACUCCCACCCACGCACCAAGUCUCUCUGGUGCCCUCCGAAGUUUUAGGCGUCUGCCGUACUAUGUCGCCGAAUGGUCUGGCCCAGAGUACAUGGAACUCUACGACAGCUGUGUUGAGAUCAUCCAGGAUCUUAACGCCCAUGCCAUCGUGAUUGAAUACUUCCUUAGUCAAGCUAUCGACGCAUGCCGUUUCUUGAAUCUGAAAUUCAUUAUCAUGACACCAAACGCUCCCAAGGACAUCAUCGGCCGUAUACAGCCGUAUGGCUCGAUAUUCUGGAAGUACCCUGUCAUGUCGUCCGGUAUCCCGUACCCCAUGCCAUGGAACUCGUUCAAUACCGUCAGAAAGCUCGGUCUCAAUAACACCAUUCCCAUGUUUGAACCAUACAUUGCCGACGCACAUUAUCUUUGUCCCGCCACUCCUAAAACCGACUUCCCAUGUGUCAUUCCGGACAACAUAACGUUGUGUGGUCCCAUUCUUGUUCCAGCAGCCCCAGUGAAGGAGAAAGACCCGGAACUCGCCAGUUGGCUCGACAGCGGAUCCGACGAUUCUUGGAACUAUGUGGAGAAGGGGAGGGUGAAGAUUGUUGAUUGGCUAGACGUUGAACCAUUAGCAAUCCUCAGACACCCAAUCUCGUCUGCACGGUCAACCAUGGUGGGGCAAACAGCGUCUAUGAAGGAAUUCACGCGGGUUGAAUGGCUCGGAAUUGGUAUUUACGGCAACAAGAAAUCUGCGCCAAGAGUAGAAGCUUCCGAGCUCAGUUGCGCUCUGACCAGGAUAAUCGGAGGAGGUGACGAAGCUGCACGAUUCCGAGCGGCGGCCAAGACUCUGGCUGAGGACACCCGAAAGUAUUCUGGACAGUUAUGGCAUGCGACAAAAUAA